AUGGUAGCUAUUCGGGAGGAGGUGCCUUUCGAGAAGAGGGCCGCAGAGGCGCAUCGGAUACGAGUCAAGUACCCUCAUCGGGUGCCUGUAAUCGUAGAAAGAGCUCCGCGUGCUGACUUGCCCGAAAUCGAGAAGAAGAAGUAA